GGGAGAGCGAUCCUCGGGACCCUCAGCCCAGCGGGACGAAGCGCCGGGGGGGCUCCGGGGGCGGCCGAGCGCGGCCCGAGGCGAAGAAGGCGAGCGGCGGAGUCUCCCCCGACGGCCCCAUCUGCCGCGCGCUGCGCCGGAGGAGGAGGCGGGGGCGGGGGCGGCGCAAGGUGAUCCUGAGGAGGCUGCGAGGAUGGGCCCGUCUCCAGUUGAGCGGGACCCCCCCCGGCGCAGCCCCCUCCGGGCCGGCCAAGCGAGCGGGCGGGCGGGCGGGCGGGCGGGCGGGCGACGGGGCUCCGGGAGAGGGUCGAGGGCGCCGCUCAGCCGCGCGAUCCCGGCCGCCGGUCCCGCUGAGGGCGCGCGGCCCGAGGACGGGGCCCCCUGCGCGGCAUCCUGCCCGGCCUCCCGCGGCGGCGCGCCCUGAUUGGCUCCGGCGCUCCUUCCCGCGGCCCCGCCCCGCCCCGCCGCCCGCGCUGGGCAUUGUGGGGCCGGCGGCGGGUCCAGUAUGGCGGCGGGUUCCGCGGCCUGAGCCGCUCCGUCCGAGGGGGAGAGUCGCGAGGCCGCCUUCCUCCGCCGCCGUCAUGAUGCUGCUGCUGCUGCUGCUGCCGCGGCCGGGGCUGGCGGGGAGCCGCUGGGGCUGCUGCUGCCGCUGGGCUCCGGCCGCCAGGGCCAGGCCUCCGCGCGCCCUGUGGGUUGCCAGGUCCUCUGGCGGCCAUGCCAGGCUCUCCCACUUCCUCCGGGCUCCUGACAGUCUGGCGAAGCCGUCCCCAGUGGGGCUGCUGGUCUUCGCUCACAAGCUGUCCCCGCUGGGCCGAGCCGCUGCUGCGUUGUUGGCUGGCGUGGGGGCUGCCUUCCCCGGCAGGGCCUUGUGCCAGGAGGGGGCCGGCGACGGGCCGGCGUGUGUCACCCUGGCUGCAGAGCACCCGCCUGCCUUUGACUGGGCCACCUUCUGGAAGUUCCUGAGGCCGCAGCUGCUGGCACUGACCGCAGCCGUCAUGUUCGCCUUCGGAGUGGCUCUCCUCAAUGUGCAAAUCCCACGGGUGCUGGGGGACGUGGUCAAUGUGGUGGCCCAAUUCACCUGUCUGCGUGAUUACCUGCGCGUGGUGCACCGCCCUGCCAUGCGCUUGCUGAGCAUCUAUGCUCUCCAGGGGCUGUUCACCUUCAGCUACAUUAUGCUGCUGUCGCGCAUCGGAGAGAAGGUGGCCAACAGCAUGCGCAAGGAACUUUUCAAUUCUUUGAUCAGGCAGGACGUGGCCUUCUUUGAUGCCAGCCGGACAGGGCAGCUGGUGCACUGCCUGACCUCAGACAUCCAGGAGUUCAAGUCAUCCUUCAAGAUGGUCGUCUCUCAGGGCUUGCGCAGCCUCACCCAGACGGUUGGCUGCUUAAUGUCGCUCUACUUGAUCUCGCCCAAGCUGACGGGGCUGCUGGUGGUGGUGAUGCCCAUCCUGGUGGGGACCGGGGCGGCCCUCGGCUCCUUUCUGCGCACGCUGUCGCGCAAGGCCCAGGAGCAGGUAGCCAAAGCCACAGCAGUGGCCGACGAGGCCCUGAACAACGUCCGGACCGUGCGGGCGUUUGCCAUGGAGAGCAGAGAGAUGGAGCAGUACGCUGCAGAGGUGGAUCACUCUGGCCGCCUGAACAUGAAGUUGGGGCUGGGCAUUGCAGUGUUCCAGGGGCUCUCCAACCUGGCGCUGAACUGCAUUGUGCUGGGCACCCUCUUGGUGGGCGGUUCCCUCAUGGCUGGGGAGGAGCUGACCCCGGGAGACCUGAUGUCCUUCCUGGUCUCCGCUCAGACGGUGCAGAGGUCCUUGGCCAACAUGUCCGUUCUGUUUGGGCAGGGAGGAAAUGGCUUAGACCGGGUGUGUCUAGAGGACCUUCUGUGCCCCCAGUGUGUGCCCAUUAGCUCCCUCUCUAAGGUGAGGUGGUGCGAGUGGGAUGAGCCUUCCAAGAUUCCCGUGGUGUUUGUAAUACAUGGCAUUCUGACACCAGAGACCCUUAUAGAGGUGGGAGGGUGCAGGGUUGCGUGUAGCUUGCUCCGUGGGCACAUCCAAUUCCAAGAUGUUUGCUUCAGUUACCCAACCCGGCCAGGCUACCUGGUGCUGCGAGAUUUCUGCCUCUCCAUCCCGUCCCACAAGACGGUGGCCAUUGUGGGAGAAUCUGGAGGAGGGAAGUCCACUGUGGCUGCACUCCUGGAACGGUUCUAUGAGCCCACGGCAGGCGCAGUCUUCCUGGACGGGCACGACAUCAGCACUCUGGAUCCCUCCUGGCUCCGGGGGGAGGUCAUUGGCUUCAUUAAUCAGGAACCGGUGCUGUUCAGCACGUCCGUCAUGGAGAACAUCCGCUUUGGCAAGCCGGGCGCAUCUGAUGCCGAAGUCUACGCUGCUGCUCGCCUGGCCAACGCUGACAGUUUUAUUCGCAGCUUUCCUGAGGGGUACAACACUGUUGUGGGUGAGCGUGGGGUGACUCUGUCCGGAGGGCAGAAGCAGCGAGUGGCCAUUGCCCGGGCGCUCAUCAAGAACCCCUCGGUGCUGGUCCUGGACGAGGCCACCAGCGCCCUGGAUGCGGAAUCGGAGCGCGUGGUCCAGGAAGCCCUGGAUCGGGCAGUGGCCGGCCGCACCGUCCUGGUCAUCGCCCAUCGACUCAGCACCGUGCAAGCUGCAGACCUCAUCGUAGUCCUGGCAAAGGGCUGCGUGGCGGAGGCCGGCAGCCACGCAGAGCUGCUCCGUCGCGGGGGCCUCUACGCCCAGCUGAUCCGCCGCCAGACCGAGGACGCCGCGGGAGACCGCCGCCCCGCCCCCGCUUAAUAAACCACGCCUCCCGGGCC